AUGGAGAAACAAAUUCGGCCUGUUUUUACGUUAGAUCUUAAUUACAAAAUAAUCCCUGGAUUAGUUACAAUUGGGAAAUAUGAUGGUACUCAUCCUUGUAUAACAGCAGCAACCACAGCUGAUAAAAUAUUAAUUCAUAGCCCUCACAGAAAAACAUCAACAAUAACAGGUCGAAUAAUUUGGUCAGAAACAAAUCGAGAAAUCGCAACACUAAACAUAAACCAAAAAAUAACUUGCAUAGAAUCCGGCCAAUUUUUGCCAAACGACGAUAAAGACAUUUUAAUAAUCGGCACCCAAAUGCACAUUUUGGUUUAUCAUGUUCACGAUAACAAAGAUAUUUUUUAUAAGGAAUGUGUAGAUGGUGUUAAAGCAGUUACGUUAGGAACUUUACGCGAUGCAAAAACAAAUUUGAUUCUGAUAGGGGGAAAUUCGACGGUUAAAGGAUUAAAUCAUGAAGGGGAAGAAAUAUUUUGGACCGCAAUCGGUGAUGUUAUCACUUCAUUGGUUUUGAUGGAUUAUAACAAAGAUGGAAUAAACGAGCUAAUCGUUAGCUCUGAAGACUUUAAAAUUCGAGUUUACAAAGGAGAACAACUUAUUAGCGAACAAACCGAAACUGAAGUCGUUACCGGCGUUGAAAGCGUUUCUGAGAAUAAAUUUGCGUAUUCGAUUUCAAACGGGACAAUAGGAGUUUAUGAACAAGAUGUUAGAUUAUGGAGAGUUAAGUCCAAAAACUUUGCAAUAUCAAUUAACACUUAUGAUUUAUUGGGAAAAGGCAAUUCUCAAUUAAUAACUGGUUGGUCGAACGGGAAAAUCGAUUGCCGAUCAAUUUUAACGGGAGAAGUUUUAUUUAAAGAUAACAUGGAUCAUGGAAUCGCAGGAAUCGUUGAAGGUGAUUACAGAUCCGUUGGAAAAAAUGAUUUAAUUUGUGUUACCGUCGAAGGGGAAGUUAGAGGAUACACAACGAAUAAAUCAAACUUAAUAAAUAAUACUCAAGAACACGAUAUAGUCCGAGAACUUUUAUCUCAAAAACAAGCUUUAUUACAAGAAUUGAAACAUUACGAAAAUAACACGAAGAAUAGUAACAAUUUAGAACAAUUAGGGGGAAUUCCUGCUAAUACAAGAUUACAAAUUAGCAUAACUGCUAAUAAUGAAAAUGAAAACAAGAAUUCAGUUGAAAUUUUUAUUUCGACAAACAACUCAACAAUAAUAAAAGCAGUAAUAGUUUUUGCUGAAGGAAUUUUUGAAGGUGAAACUCACGUUGUACAUCCUUCAAAUUCUAAGUUAAAAUCUUGUUUAAUUGUUCCGUUAAAACCUCCUCGUGACACUCUGGUGGAUAUUCAUAUGAAGAUUUUGGUUGGUUAUCCAAAAAGCACCCAAUACAACGUGUUUGAGAUAACAAGACAACUUCCAAGAUUCUCAAUGUACUCGAAAAUAGACAACCCUAAACGCAAACCGGAAAGUUAUGUUACGUUUCAAAUAAACGAGCGAUUACAACGAAUUUGUAUGUGGUUGAAUCAAAAUUUUUUGCUGACCAACGAAAUUGAGUUUAAUAAUGAGGCUAAUUUAAAAAUUUUUUUGUUAUGUUUGAGAGAUGAUAGCGAGUUGUGGAUGGAUUUUUCUAGUUCGGGAAAAGUUUGGAUUUAUACUGAUAAUUUAGGUUUAGCCUCUGAUUUAAUACAAUCAUUAGCGACGUUUUUAAAUUUAGACACUUUGGAAGUUAAUGCUUGUUUUGUUAAAGAAGAAAAUAAUUUAAAAGAUUUGGUGGAAAAAUUAAAUAAAAUCCAGGAAACACGGAUUAGAUUAGGAGCUGAUAUUGCUGAUCGACUAACUCUAAUUAGAGAAUUAAUUAUAAGGGCUGAAGAUAGUAGAAUCAAUUCUUUAGAUGAUGUUCCUAAAUAUUACAACGAAUUAAAUAAUAUUAAUCAAGAACUUAUAAACGGAUAUAACAUUCGAUUAAGUAACUAUAACGAAGGUGUUGAAACGAUGAAAAUGAUAAAUGGGAUUAUUCAAAAAAGUUCUCGGUUAAGAGUUGGCAAGAAAUCUUCUGAGAUGAUUAAUGCAUGUAGAUUGGCCAUAAAAUCAAACAACACCGAAGGGCUUAUUAAAAUAAUUAAAACUGGAAUUUUAUAAAAUCUUUUUAUGUUAAAUUAU